AGCUUUCGUUGCUUCCCUUAACCAUCUCACCAGCCAGGUGCUUUUAUAAUCUUUGAAAAUGUACAAGAAAUUGUAUUUCGCCUCGCUAGUGGUGGCCGUGGCUCUUGCCGCACCACAGCAGAGAUACGCUACGGGGGAUGCUGAUGCGACUAUCGUGGCCCAGGAUCAGAUCAUCAACGAGGAUGGCAGCUAUGCGUAUAACUACGAAACCAGUAACGGAAUUCGAGCGAUCCAGCGUAGUCAGGACGGACUCACGGCGGCCGGUGAGUUCGCUUAUGUAGCCCCGGAAGGAGUACAAAUCCAGCUGAGUUAUGCCGCCGAUGAGAAUGGAUUCCGGGCGCAGGGUGCUCAUCUGCCAAUUGAACCACCAGCACCAGACCACGUUAUCCAGCUGCUGCAGGAUCUGCGUGCCACCAACAACCGUGACUUCGAUUUGGAACUGCUUGACUCCAUGAUCGCUCGGCUGCGGGCUACCCAGGGUUAG